AUGGAGCCUUUUCCUCCUGAUCUGUUCAAGGAGGCCUAUCUAGGCCCACAGGUUCAAAUCAACGAACUGCCGGGCAAUCGAGGUGCCCAGUCAUCCAACCUUCGACGGGCCAAUACUGUGGCCCAGGGCGGCAACAUAAUUAAACGGAAUUUGGAAUUGAAAGCAGCGCGUGAGAAAACAGGUCUUCGCGCCAAGGACAGCCAUGAGAUCCUGCGACAUCAGCUGCAGCGGUCCCAAACCCAUCGAGGGCCACUCGAGGCGCGUCCACCCGGAAGGAAGGCAGGGCAUUUCACGGUUGGAAGCGUCGGCCAAAAUGGCAAAAUCUUUCUCAGACCGAUUGCCAAUCCGCCGCCAAAAGGCCCACAGCCCGAGCCUUUCGUCCCUGUCGAGAUCGCAACCCCCAAUCUCCUUCAGCCGCAGCGCUAUGCGCCUCCCGUCCGCGAGGAUCCGUCCAGGUGGUCGAGCUCGCAGCUCUCAGAAUUACGCCCCCGCGACGACCCAGGUCCCGCCCUCGAGUCGGUCUACUCCGAGGCACUCGCCCCCGAGCUAAAGCUAUUGAGCCAGCAGCGUCCGCGACCGAAUUCCUUUUCGACACUCUCCGAACAGCAGUCCAAUGCUGGUGCGGGUGCGGGUGCUGGGAAGAGGGGUGAGCUACGGAUCGUAAUUGAUAGAUCAGAGGACCGGCCACGGUCCGCAGGCGAGAAUUCAGUGCACGCAAUGGAGGUUCCUAUUCCUCGGGCUCGUCUUGGGACCCCACGAUUCAACACCGAAGGUGGUGCAAUGCUGCAGAGCUCGGUCUACUCGCAAACUUCCAUGUCGGACAACUUUCGAAACUCUACCUUGCUGGGGGGCAUGGCAGACCCCCUACCGGGCCUGCUACACAGUCCCUAUUCCCGUGAUUCUUUUGCGCGGCAUCGGCCUUCUUUUGCCGUGUCUAUGUUCUCGGGUCCUGCCGCGAUUGAUUUGAGUCGAGCUUCGCCAAUUCCGAGGAAUUCCAUGGUGUAUGAGUUGAAAGAGCCGGUUGAACCGUCCAUAUACGAAACGCUGGUAUAUGAUAUGGAUGAUGGAUCUGUUGUUCGAUACAUCCCUGGAACGAAGGAUAUCAGCGCUGCUACGCCCGCUCGCAUUGUUGCGCAGAUCUCGUCUGAAUCCUUUAUGGACUAUGAGUUGGUUUCGGAUUUUUUCCUGACCUUCCGUUCGUACCUCUCCGCUUCACACCUUUUGGCUCUUCUUCUCGCGCGAUUAGAAUGGGCAAUUAAUCGGCUACAAGACGACGGCCGCAUCAUUCGAAUCCGAACAUUUGCUGCUUUACGUCAUUGGAUCCUGAAUUAUUUUGUUGAUGAUUUUGUCACGAACUAUGAUCUUCGGACCCACUUUUGUGAUACCAUUAACGCGCUGUACCAAAACGUCAAGGCUCGCGAACAUGGCGGCACAAGUGAUCGCAAGAUUCUCAUUGAUCUCAAACGAUGCUGGAAUGGCAAGUGCUCGGUCUAUUGGUGUUCUCCGGAUUUGACUCGCGCCUAUAAUGACUCCGACGUUCCUAUUGUACCGGGAAGCGCUCAGAUCGAGUUACCCAACGCCGAUGAGUUGCACCAAAACGUUCCUCUCCCUGGCAUGACUCCUCAUGUCGAUACUACUUUCCACGAUAGCUCUCCCCACGCCGCGGCGCACGAUCGAAACGACUCUGCCGCAACGGCACAAAGCAUUCCAUUUUCCAUGAAGAGCGAACAAAGCGUCAUGGCGCUUUCAUGCUCACUACCACCCCCCAAAUCACCACGACGCCACUCUAUAUUUGCUCCGAAAGGCAAAGCACCGCGUCCUGUUAUAUUGGGUAACCUCGCCAAAUCGAAAUCCCACACGCCUUCUCACGAACCACCCAUGUCCCCGCCCAUGACAACAAGACACCCAUAUCAUACGCAUAGCCAUAAAAGAAGCGGAAGCUUCUCUGACUCGGUUCGAGAUGAUCGACUGCCAAUGUUUGCCACAGAACCAGAUAACGGCACUGCACCACAGGAGAUGUUAGAUCCCGUCAGUUUAAUUCGCGGAGAGCUGUAUCCUCCCGCGGAAUCAUACAUGGCAAUGAUGGUACCAGACUCGCCUCCUCUUCCUCCGCCAUCAAAGAAUGCGAACCCGGAUCGUCGAAGCACGCCAGAUAUACCCAAGCCAGCUGCUAACUCCGGAGUGAGGACCAUCAUCGGAUCGAUCAAGCGAGCGCUACACACCAGGAACGGCGGCCAGAGUGUUUCUGCUCGCAUUGCGAAUGCGUCCGAAGCUGUUUCCUUGCCUUCCCGGGGAAAGACAUCUGCUAUGCCAACGGGUCUGGCUUUUGGCUCGGAGUAUUAUCGUGAAAGGAAGAUGGCUACUGUUCCGAAGCGUCCUGCUCGAAUCGAUAUCCUCUGCGAUCAAGUAUUGCAGCAAUAUCGCCAAGCUAUGAACAAGGACGAAACGAAAGAUCCUCAGGCUCCGGCUACAUCUGACUUCCAAAUGACGCUGCAGGAGCCCGCUUCCAAUGCUGCUAACUUUUCGCCUGCAGGAGUCUCAAAGGCUGAGUCGAAGCUUCAGAGCGGAAUCACCAUGGGUAGUGGGUCGAUUGUCAUUGUGGAUGAUACCGGGUUUGAACUGCCGUUCAUGUCAGGAGCGGCACCGGAACCAACACUCAACUUGGACGAUCUUGCUUCAGAGCCCGCAGCACCGACAGAGUACGAGCCUUCCACACAAUCCAUACCGGUGGAAGGAGAGUAUCUGCGUCCGAUUUGUUACAAUGCCGACGAACCGGGAGCGGCUGUUUCGAGCGAUCUCCCUCUUGCACGCCCUCUCACGCCACAAAGAUCAUUCUCUAUUACGCGCGACUCCAUGAUUUCAAAGAAAAGGAAUUCUUUUGCUUUACGACUUCGAAAAUACGCAUCAUUCCAGAGUGGCAUUUCAAGGUAUCGUGACUCCAAAGGCAGCGAGGCAGGUCAAUCAACUGUUGGAUCGGAAGCAACCCAUGAUCAAGAUGGAAAGCAUUUGGGGCCGGCUCUUCGUAGGCGACGAGGUGGAAAUCUGCGUCAAAUGCAGACUGGUGAUGAUGUUGAAGAUCACCCAGUCCGUGACUCAUUUGGUUCUUGGGAUGAUUCGAUAGCGGACACUGUGCCUUCUGAGAGUGAUGUCUCUAGGCCUCCUUCCACCCUGAUUCCUCCCAACCCUCGUUUCUCGCUUAUCCAGCCGCGUUCCUCUCAGAAACUGAGACGUUCUUUUGAGUCCGUUAUUGCCAAGUUUGCGCAAAUUCCCGAUGACGAUGAUGGUGGCAUUGAAUCAACCCUGUUGAAACUGGAAGGCAAAUGGGAUGGACCAGAUAGUGCGAAGCGAGCCUCUACAUUUGAGCAAGCCGAGGCAUCCCGAGAUGCUGCUGCACGUCAGUCUCACCGGGAACAAGCCCUGGUCCCUCAUGCACUUGAUACGGCGAAAUCUCAACUUGAUUGGGAUGUUCUCGCGCGCAGAAGACAGACGGACAAAUCGAGGUAUUCUACUGUUGGCGGCCAUCUUGCGCCACCGAGGCCAUAUUCUGACUCCGUGGCUGAGUCUGAAGAAUCUUACAAUUCCAUUCCGCUUCUUGAACGGGGAUUGACUGAUGAGUCUAUGAAAAGACCUCCUGUGAACCAGCUGGCUCACUAUGAACAGUAUGGUGCUCCGCUCAGUCUAAUUUCUAGCCGGGAUACUUCGGAUAUUGCUUCCUCGCACCCCUCGAUUCAGAUCGUGCAUGAGACCGAAAGCAUGCGCCGGAUUCCUCGUGGCUCAACUGUUCCCGUGUCUGGAUCACUAGGUGACGGUCAGAUUACCCCCAAGCGCCUGUCAGCCCUUUCCUCUGAGAUGUCAGUCGACCUCAUUGAUCCGAAUGAAGCUAUGGGUGCACGACAAUCUACCGACAUUCGCAGUCUAAACUCAUCAACUGUUGAGGUCCCUCCUCAUCCUUUGGCGCACCCUCCUUCCCCGCCUAUGACCAUUCAACAUCCGGGCUCGUUCACUUCCUGCGCCUCGCCAAUAGAUAAAAUCUUGUUCCAAACGCAUCCUCUUACACCCGAGACAUCUCCCAGGCACAAAGAUAUGGCAGGCAUUGCUCAACGACCGAUGGAUGUACAGCAGAUCUCAAGCAAUGUGUUGUUCAAUUCGGAAAAUCACCAUCCCGCCCAGACCCCCAUCACCAUUCUGACGCCGGACCACGUGCCCUUUGUCCUUGCCUGUGAAUCCCAAGUCCUCGCUCACCAACUAACUUUGAUUGAAAUGGCUGCGCUAAGCGAAAUCGACUGGCGAGACUUGGUCGAGAUGAAAUGGAGCAGCGGUUGUCCCUCAAUCCUCAAUUGGGUCCAAUUCUUGACAGCCGAGAAACGCAAAGGCAUCGACCUGGUUGUCGGCCGUUUCAACCUCAUGGUGAAAUGGAUCUUGUCAGAGAUUAUGCUGACCCGCGAUAUCAACGAGCGAGCCCGCACAAUCGUCAAAUACAUCCAUACCGCCGCGCACGCACGCCGUAUCUGCAAUUACGCCACCAUGCUCCAGAUUGCCAUUGCCCUGUCCUCGUCUGACUGCACACGCCUGACGAAGACAUGGCAGCUUAUCCCGUUAGAGGAUAAGCGAUUGUUCAAGGAUAUGGAAUGUCUCAUCCAGCCGGUGCGCAACUUCAACGAUUUGCGUGUCGAGAUGGAGACGGCCAAUCUGCAGGAAGGAUGUAUUCCUUUUAUCGGCCUCUAUGUGCACGACCUCACUUAUAACGCCCAGAAACCCGCUCAGAUUAGCAGUAGUGAUGGUGGUCUACUGGUCAACUUUGAGCGGUAUCGCACUGCUGCUCGCAUUGUUAAAAGCUUGCUUCGACUCAUUGAUGCCAGCACGAAAUACCGCUUCCAGCCUGUGCAGGGUAUCAUUGAGCGAUGCUUGUGGAUUGGUUCUCUCCCCGAAGAGGAGAUCCAAUCACGCAGCAAGGCACUUGAAUAA